AUGAGUGCACAAAGCACAGGUAUCAUUUCACCUAAUGCUUCUGUGCAACUCGAACGUAAAUCGGUAGUGAUGAAGAAUAAAGAGUUUAAGAGUUUAAUUUUAUGCGUUGUGAUGACAAUAGUACUUACAAAAACAGUGCACGUGAAAACAGAGGAGCAAAAGACUUUCAAAAAACUAAGCAAUCAAAUCGAUAGUGAUACUCAGUUAAAUAAAGCUCACACAAGUGAACAAAUUAACCACUACCCUUUACACAAAAACGAUGAUACGGCAUCAAAGCAGGAAAUUGGCGAACCAUACCACUAUCAAAAAAAUAUAACCGAUCUAACAAAAAACAAAUCGCUGCCACUCAAAGUAGAAGGUACUAGAAAGGUUACUUCGGGUAAAAUAGCACCAUCAGAUGGUGCAAGAUAUAAAGAUUCAACACCGACUAUUGACGAGUCUAUACCAGUCGCCCAGGACACAACUAAUGAUACUGAAGGGAGCACUACGACUGAUGAAGGCAGAACUUUUGCAACCGAGUCAACUACCGAUAAACCUGAGGAUGAUACCACCGUAGAAGAUUCAACACUGAUUCCUAAUGAUUCUACUACUAUCGCCCAGGACACAACUAACGAUCCUAAAGAGAGCACUACUAUUGAGAUAGAAACGACUCCUGCAACCGAGACAACUACCGAUAAAUCUAAGGACACGACCACCGUAGAAGAUUCAACACCUAUUCCUGAGGAAUCUACUACUAUCGCCCAGGACACAACGAAUGAUCCUGAAGAAAGCACUACGAUUGAGGAAGACACGACCACCGUAGAAGAAAGCACUACGAUUGAAGAAGACACGACCACCGUAGAAGAUUCAACACCUAUUCCUGAGGAAUCUACUACUAUCGCCCAGGACACAACAAAUGAUCCUGAAGAAAGCACUACGAUUGGGGAAGACACGACCACCGUAGAAGAUUCAACCACUACGAUUGAGGAAGACACGACCACCGUAGAAGAUUCAACGCCUAUUCCUGAGGAAUCUACUACUAUCGCCCAGGACACAACGAAUGAUCCUGAAGAAAGCACUACGAUUGAGGAAGACACGACCACCGUAAAAGAUUCCACUACGAUUAAGGAAGACACGACCACCGUAGAAGAUUCAACGCCUAUUCCUGAGGAAUCUACUACUAUCGCCCAGGACACAACGAAUGAUCCUGAAGAAAGCACUACGAUUGGGGAAGACACGACCACCGUAGAAGAUUCAACCACUACGAUUGGGGAAGACACGACCACCGUAGAAGAUUCAACACCUAUUCCUGAGGAAUCUACUACUAUCGCCCAGGACACAACGAAUGAUCCUGAAGAAAGCACUACGAUUGAGGAAGACACGACCACCGUAGAAGAAUCAACACCUAUUCCUGAGGAAUCUACUACUAUCGCCCAGGACACAACGAAUGAUCCUGAAAAAAGCACUACGAUUGGGGAAGACACGACCACCGUAGAAGAUUCAACACCUAUUCCUGAGGAAUCUACUACUAUCGCCCAGGACACAACGAAUGAUCCUGAAGAAAGCACUACGAUUGAGGAAGACACGACCACCGUAGAAGAUUCAACACCUAUUCCUGAGGAAUCUACUACUAUCGCCCAGGACACAACGAAUGAUCCUGAAGAAAGCACUAAGAUUGGGGACACGACCACCGUAGAAGAUUCAACACCUAUUCCUGAGGAAUCUACUACUAUCGCCCAGGACACAACGAAUGAUCCUGAAGAAAGCACUACGAUUGAGGAAGACACGACCACCGUAGAAGAUUCAACACCUAUUCCUGAGGAAUCUACUACUAUCGCCCAGGACACAACUAAUGAUCCUGAAGAAAGCACUACGAUUGGGGACACGACCACCGUAGAAGAUUCAACACCUAUUCCUGAGGAAUCUACUACUAUCGCCCAGGACACAACGAAUGAUCCUGAAGAAAGCACUACGAUUGGGGAAGACACGACCACCGUAGAAGAUUCAACACCUAUUCCUGAGGAAUCUACUACUAUCGCCCAGGACACAACGAAUGAUCCUGAAGAAAGCACUACGAUUGGGGAAGACACGACCACCGUAGAAGAUUCAACGCCUAUACCUGAGGAAUCUACUACUAUCGCCCAGGACACAACGAAUGAUCCUGAAGAAAGCACUACGAUUGAGGAAGACACGACCACCGUAGAAGAAUCAACACCUAUUCCUGAGGAAUCUACUACUAUCGCCCAGGACACAACGAAUGAUCCUGAAGAAAGCACUACGAUUGAGGAAGACACGACCACCGUAGAAGAUUCAACACCUAUUCCUGAGGAAUCUACUACUAUCGCCCAGGACACAACGAAUGAUCCUGAAGAAAGCACUACGAUUGGGGAAGACACGACCACCGUAGAAGAUUCAACCACUACGAUUGGGGAAGACACGACCACCGUAGAAGAUUCAACACCUAUUCCUGAGGAAUCUACUACUAUCGCCCAGGACACAACGAAUGAUCCUGAAGAAAGCACUACGAUUGAGGAAGACACGACCACCGUAGAAGAUUCAACACCUAUUCCUGAGGAAUCUACUACUAUCGCCCAGGACACAACGAAUGAUCCUGAAGAAAGCACUAAGAUUGGGGACACGACCACCGUAGAAGAUUCAACACCUAUUCCUGAGGAAUCUACUACUAUCGCCCAGGACACAACGAAUGAUCCUGAAGAAAGCACUACGAUUGAGGAAGACGACACGACCACCGUAGAAGAUUCAACGCCUAUUCCUGAGGAAUCUACUACUAUCGCCCAGGACACAACGAAUGAUCCUGAAGAAAGCACUACGAUUGGGGAAGACACGACCACCGUAGAAGAUUCAACCACUACGAUUGGGGAAGACACGACCACCGUAGAAGAUUCAACACCUAUUCCUGAGGAAUCUACUACUAUCGCCCAGGACACAACGAAUGAUCCUGAAGAAAGCACUACGAUUGAGGAAGACACGACCACCGUAGAAGAAUCAACACCUAUUCCUGAGGAAUCUACUACUAUCGCCCAGGACACAACGAAUGAUCCUGAAAAAAGCACUACGAUUGGGGAAGACACGACCACCGUAGAAGAUUCAACACCUAUUCCUGAGGAAUCUACUACUAUCGCCCAGGACACAACGAAUGAUCCUGAAGAAAGCACUACGAUUGAGGAAGACACGACCACCGUAGAAGAUUCAACACCUAUUCCUGAGGAAUCUACUACUAUCGCCCAGGACACAACGAAUGAUCCUGAAGAAAGCACUAAGAUUGGGGACACGACCACCGUAGAAGAUUCAACACCUAUUCCUGAGGAAUCUACUACUAUCGCCCAGGACACAACGAAUGAUCCUGAAGAAAGCACUACGAUUGAGGAAGACACGACCACCGUAGAAGAUUCAACACCUAUUCCUGAGGAAUCUACUACUAUCGCCCAGGACACAACUAAUGAUCCUGAAGAAAGCACUACGAUUGGGGACACGACCACCGUAGAAGAUUCAACACCUAUUCCUGAGGAAUCUACUACUAUCGCCCAGGACACAACGAAUGAUCCUGAAGAAAGCACUACGAUUGGGGAAGACACGACCACCGUAGAAGAUUCAACACCUAUUCCUGAGGAAUCUACUACUAUCGCCCAGGACACAACGAAUGAUCCUGAAGAAAGCACUACGAUUGGGGAAGACACGACCACCGUAGAAGAUUCAACGCCUAUACCUGAGGAAUCUACUACUAUCGCCCAGGACACAACGAAUGAUCCUGAAGAAAGCACUACGAUUGAGGAAGACACGACCACCGUAGAAGAAUCAACACCUAUUCCUGAGGAAUCUACUACUAUCGCCCAGGACACAACGAAUGAUCCUGAAGAAAGCACUACGAUUGAGGAAGACACGACCACCGUAGAAGAUUCAACACCUAUUCCUGAGGAAUCUACUACUAUCGCCCAGGACACAACGAAUGAUCCUGAAGAAAGCACUACGAUUGGGGAAGACACGACCACCGUAGAAGAUUCAACCACUACGAUUGGGGAAGACACGACCACCGUAGAAGAUUCAACACCUAUUCCUGAGGAAUCUACUACUAUCGCCCAGGACACAACGAAUGAUCCUGAAGAAAGCACUACGAUUGAGGAAGACACGACCACCGUAGAAGAUUCAACACCUAUUCCUGAGGAAUCUACUACUAUCGCCCAGGACACAACGAAUGAUCCUGAAGAAAGCACUAAGAUUGGGGACACGACCACCGUAGAAGAUUCAACACCUAUUCCUGAGGAAUCUACUACUAUCGCCCAGGACACAACGAAUGAUCCUGAAGAAAGCACUACGAUUGAGGAAGACACGACCACCGUAGAAGAUUCAACCACUACGAUUGAGGAAGACACGACCACCGUAGAAGAUUCAACACCUAUUCCUGAGGAAUCUACUACUAUCGCCCAGGACACAACGAAUGAUCCUGAAGAAAGCACUACGAUUGGGGAAGACACGACCACCGUAGAAGAUUCAACCACUACGAUUGAGGAAGACACGACCACCGUAGAAGAUUCAACACCUAUUCCUGAGGAAUCUACUACUAUCGCCCAGGACACAACUAAUGAUCCUGAAGAAAGCACUACGAUUGGGGAAGACACGACCACCGUAGAAGAUUCAACACCUAUUCCUGAGGAAUCUACUACUAUCGCCCAGGACACAACGAAUGAUCCUGAAGAAAGCACUACGAUUGGGGAAGACACGACCACCUUAGAAGAUUCAACACCUAUUCCUGAGGAAUCUACUACUAUCGCCCAGGACAUAACGAAUGAUCCUGAAGAAAGCACUACGAUUGAGGAAGACACGACCACCGUAGAAGAUUCAACCACUACGAUUGAGGAAGACACGACCACCGUAGAAGAUUCAACACCUAUUCCUGAGGAAUCUACUACUAUCGCCCAGGACACAACGAAUGAUCCUGAAGAAAGCACUACGAUUGGGGAAGACACGACCACCGUAGAAGAUUCAACCACUACGAUUGAGGAAGACACGACCACUGUAGAAGAUUCAACACCUAUUCCUGAGGAAUCUACUACUAUCGCCCAGGACACAACGAAUGAUCCUGAAGAAAGCACUACGAUUGGGGAAGACACGACCACCGUAGAAGAUUCAACCACUACGAUUGGGGAAGACACGACCACCGUAGAAGAUUCAACACCUAUUCCUGAGGAAUCUACUACUAUCGCCCAGGACACAACGAAUGAUCCUGAAGAAAGCACUACGAUUGAGGAAGACACGACCACCGUAGAAGAUUCAACACCUAUUCCUGAGGAAUCUACUACUAUCGCCCAGGACACAACGAAUGAUCCUGAAGAAAGCACUACGAUUGGAGAAGACACGACCACCGAUGAAAGUAGCACAGUUGUAACUACGACAAAUAUUCCCAAGGAAAGCACUACUUUGUCACCUGGUGAAAACAGUACUGCAGGACAAGAAUCCACUACAGCAGAAAACAAACCUGGAGAGAGUACAACCAUACCUGACACAAGUUCCACACCAGUAUACGAUACUACAAGUAGUCCAAUUCCAUCUUCCUCAAUAUCCACAACCUUAGAAACCUCAUCAACUUCUUCUCCUGAAACCACAACUUCGAAUGUACCACCACUGUCUUGCAGUACCGGAUAUCAAUAUUUACCCCACCCAACAAAUUGUCAUAAAUAUAUUCACUGUAGCAACGGAUAUGAACUAAUUAUGGAGUGUCCAGCUAAUCUCUAUUGGGACUAUACGAAAUUUGCUUGCAGUGGAGACCCAACUGUUUGCUACAACGACAGUGAAAAUUCAAAUCCAGAGGAGAAGGUCUGCGGCCCUGGAGUGGAUUUCCUUGCUCAUCCAACGGACUGUACCAUGUAUUUGCAGUGCAGUAAUGGCGAGGCCUUGGAGCGCAAGUGUCCAGAUCCCCUGUACUGGAAUCCGGAGAUAAUGUCAUGUGAUUGGUCCAAUAAAUACUGCACAGAACUUCGGGCGGCUCAAUCGAUUUCUUGCGCAGUGGGAAUGAAUUUUGAAGUUUUCAAAAGCGAUUGCUCUAAAUAUGUAAAGUGCUUUGGCUUGAGAGGUGUUGUAAUGAGCUGUAAUUCAGGACUUUACUGGAAUCCCAUUAGUCAAGUUUGCGAGAAGUCCAAGCGGUUCUGCACAUAAAAAAGCAGUGCAAGAGCAUUCUUCAGUUGAUCUUCCAAACACAAUAUUUACCUAAUGAACAACAUUAAAAGGAAAUGCGAAAAAAAUAGCAAUUAUAACCAAUUUAUUUAUUCUAUUGAAAUUACCAAUCGAUUUUAUAAUGUUAGCAAAAUUAUUAAUACAAAAAUGCCUAAUAAAGAAACUCAAUGUUAAAUUCUUGUUGUUGGAUUUAAAAAAAACCAACUUCAAUAACAUA